CGCCUGCGCGCUGUUGUUUCUUGGUACCUCCCUCACCUGCGGAGUGCGGCCGUUGCUAACGGCAAGUUGGUUAAGGAACAGGAAAGAUGCCGUUGGGUUUGAAAGCCAGGAGGAAGAACAAAUCUCGGGACAGCUCCGCCUUAGUGGACAACGAGGGGGAUCCGGCAUGGAGGGGCGGCAGUGCCGGUGCUGUUUCUCCCGAUGGCGUUGGACCCGGGCUCCCUGCGCCGCCGCCUCACGCCCGGCCCAAACUGGUCUUCCACACGCAGCUGGCGCACGGCAGCCCCACCGGCCGCAUCGAGGGCUUCUCCAAUGUCCGUGAGCUGUACGCCAAGAUCGGCGAGGUGUUCGGCAUCCCGGCCUCCGAGAUUCUUUUCUGCACAUUGAAUACUCACAGAAUUGAUAUGGACAAACUUCUUGGAGGACAGAUAGGCCUGGAAGACUUUAUUUUUGCGCACACAAAGGGCCUGAAGAAAGAAGUCGAUGUGUUUAAAGCAGAGGAUGCUCUGGGACUUACUAUAACUGACAACGGGGCAGGAUUUGCUUUUAUAAAAGUAGGUUUGAAUUCUAUACCCAAGCAAAUGGAGAAAGUAGCACUCGGUGAUAUAGUUUCAGGCCAGGAUGGUCAUAGGAGGCUGAGUGCUGACCAUAUAGAGGUUUAUAAAAUCAUGAGAGAGGUUGGACAAGGUUGGACAUUUUCCAUUCCCUUGUUAGAAGCGAUUGAACCUAGGUCACGAGGAGGCAGACCUGGUGGUGAAGCCAAGAUUGGUACGGGGAGGGGCACAUUACGAUUACGUUCAAAGGGGCCUGCAACUGUUGAAGAAUUGCCCACUGAAUUCGAAGAAAAGGCCAUCGGUAAAGUUGAUGAUUUGUUGGAAAGUUAUAUGGGUAUAAGGGAUACAGAGCUAGCUGCAACCAUGGUUGAGGUCGGAAAGGACAAGAAAAAUCCUGAUGAAUUUGCAGUGGCUCUGGAUGAAGCUCUUGGGGACUUUGCGUUUCCGGAUGAGUUUGUCUUUGACAUUUGGGGUGCAAUAGGUGAUGCAAAGAAGGGAAGACUUUAGUGCCAACGUUUCUGUAAAGAUCAGUGAACAGUGUUUGGAAACUCUUGGUUCACUGUUCCCUUUUUUAUGUCAAGUGAACAAUUAACUCAUGUAGAUUGAAAAUGGAAAGAAUGCCGUUUUAAUUGAAAUAAUUCAUUUGCCCUGUGACUGUUAAUUCACGCUAUUUCAGUUGAAUUUUAUCAAGUGCUUUUUUUGCUAAACUAGAAGACAGUAACCAUAAGUACAAGGCCAUAUAAAAUACAGCCAAUGAAAUGCAGCACUUUCCGUACUACACUCUGCCUGCAGUCCCCAAACACACUUCCCCCAAAUGACUUGCUGGGAAAGAGACAUGCAGAGCUGCCUUGACCAACUCUAGCACACACCCAAUUUUUCCAUGGGUAUUGAUUAAUUUUUCAGUUUUCCUCCUCUCGAUCCCUGGUGUCUGCUGGAGAUCAGCAUUCGAUACAAAUAUAAUGGAAGGUGACUGGGAUUAAGGUUACUUUAUGCUUACUCUCCCUCCACUUAUCAAUAAUCAAAGCAUUUAUAACCUAAUUGACCAUUUACUAAUGUUGUAAUUGGGUAAAGUUAAUAAUGCGAGCAGGAUAGAUAUAAUUAAAAUAAGAAAUUACAGCUAUAGAUGUAUUCCGUACUUAGCUUGUCUAAAAGGGAGUAUAUGAAAUUUAUGAAACUCUGGCUUGGUGCUGAUUGUAGCAUUCUGAGAUGCUGAAUGAAGGGUACAAUGUGGCAGUAUUGGCUGUAUUGCAGCUCCCUAUAAAUAUCCUGAAAGGCUAAUGGCAUCAUUGAUUAACCGUGGCUGUAUAAAGUAUAUUAGACCAAAGAUUUUCUAAAGAAUACUUUGCACACUCCAGUUGCUGAAUUGAAUGGGGAUUUUAUAUAAUGUUAAGCAUAUAUGGGCCUAAUAUAUUUUGACUGAAAUUAUAAAGAACUCCAAACCAAAAAGUUUGUUUUUAAUAAUAACUAUCUGGGUUUUUUAUGAAACGUAAAUUUACUCACCGCAGUGUGCCUAAUGCCAUACCACAGUGUUUUGUAACCAAAUUAUUAAUUUUGAUCUUUGCAUAAAAUGUGGUACUAGAACUAUCAUCUAAUCAGAAUUUUAUUAGGAUUUCUACUUAAAUAUAGAUCCAAUACUUCCUACUUUGAGUUCAUUUAAUCUGUAAAUACACUUCGCCUGUUGACUUAUAUGAAUACAGCUGCAAGUUUACUGAAAUCAUUUAGCUUUUUCUUAUCUGGGCCAAUGUCCUCAUCUGCCACAGUUCCUUAUUACCCAAUACCUGCCUCCUUGGAAGCUAUUCUUUAAUCCCAGUGAUUCAGGGAACCUGGGAAAUGAGCCAGAACUUCCUGGAAGUAUCAUUACUGUGUAACGUUGUUUGGUGACUCAAGCUAUAUAAUUAUUUUUCCACACUGUUUAGAACAUUAUAAUUUUUUAAUGCAGUAUAUAAUCUGACGUAAUUGAGAUUGCAUCAUGCUUUGGAUGUCUAUAAUCAUUUAUUUAUUUAAACUUUUGUUCUGCAUCUUGGUGAAUUUGUUCAUGUUGCUUUAUUUUUCAAUGGGGUAAUAGGUGCUUAAUCCGUAUUAUAUUACUGUGUCUAUGUAAUUACUUUACUGAAACACUUACCUCAAAAACUGCUACCAGAAAGCAUUCAACAUUAGUAUGUUUGGGAGCCUUGCCAGUCCCCAACUGAAGUUUAAAUCAGCAUUCCCAAUAAUUUGUAUCUCAAACUGCCAAUAUCAGCAGGUUUUGGUAUCUCAAUUUGGAAUUUGUUGACCAAUAAGGGGACAGCACAACCUUUCCUUUGCACCACUGUUCUCCCACGCUUCCUCCAACCUCCCAAAUAAUUUGGCACUUUCCAAACCCACAGGCUCUCAAAACUGAAGCAGGACUAACUAGAGUCAGAAAGUAAGUUGGCUUGACCUGCUUAAAACCUGGUGAUUGCUUAUCAAUCACAGUUUGGAUACCUCUGUUCAAUGGGACCAGUUUUUGUUUCCAAUUCAUUUAAGUUUCUUCUGUACUUUCAUUUCCAGAAGAAAUCAAACAAUUAUAGAAUAAAAUAAUCAUCAAUUUUCACAAAGGGUGUCACACAAUGGGUGGGGUGUGGAAAAGACAUUCUGCCAUAAUUGUACUUCAGAAUGCCACGAUGGAUUAAACUGACUACUUUGCCUAAAACAAUGCAUUUGUGUGAACUACUGAAAAUUAGAAAUGAGAUUUACACUACAUCAGUUGAAAGCAUCUUCUGUAUAUUUUCUAUUAAAAAAGUUUGAGAA